AUGUUCUAUCCGCAGGAGCUGUUCCCACGGCCACGAGCACGUCCUCCACUUAAUGGGAGCUACAACCAUGGAACUGGGCUGCUGCAGCCAAAGGAUCAGAGCCAGUUCAAGUCCCAUCGCAGCAAGGUUAAGCGGGGUAAAUUUCUACGCCUGAUGAUACCCUACCUCAGGGGGUACUGUACCUUGUCGUCAGUGCAUGGCUUUCGCUAUCUUACGGAUCCAAAACUGCGAGUAUUUGAAAGAUUUAUUUGGCUAUUGAUAUUGGUGGGCACUUUUAUUUGUGCCACCAUUGUCUAUGUUGAUUUGGCGGCAUUGUACAACUCGGAGCGCACCCAAACCACUAUUGAGAACACCAUGACACCCAUAUUCUAUGUACCCUUCCCAUCGGUGGGACUUUGUAUGCUUAAUCGGGUCAAUUGGUUUGUAUUGGAGAACGAAGCUUCGGAUAUCUUUUUGGGUGUCAAUGCGAGUAAAGAGAAAAAGGAAAUCUUCAAGCAUUUCUUUGCUGCAGUCUCGAAUAUGCAUUUCAAUAAUAUGAGAAGUCUGUCGAACUUCUUCAGAAAUGAAUCUCUUGCAGCAGGCAUUGGCGAACUGGAUGGUCUGGAUGUGACGAACGUGUUGAAACACAUCAAUUUGCGAUGCACAGACAACUUCGUGGAAUGUAAUUGGAGGAGUAAACCAUACAACUGCUGUGAUCUCUUCGAGUUGCAACGCACCGAACUGGGCAAUUGUUGGGUCUUCAACUCCCAAGUCAGCACGGAGACACGUCAGCGAGGGAAAGAAGACAAGUACUAUCCGCGACGCAACGCACAAAAUGGACCUGGGAGUGGACUUCAAGUCUAUAUCCGGCGUAACAAAUCCCUCAGCAGAUCGAGUGUGAAAGGCGUGCACGUAAUGAUUAAGCAGCCGGGACAAUGGAGUGAUUCAACCAGAUUACUCCCACCUGACUCUAACAAUAGGAUCAGUGUAAUGCCUCGAUUCACCGGUUCCGAUGAACGAACUCGAAGUCUUUCUCCGAGGACCAGACAUUGCGUCUUUCCCGAUGAAAUAAUGGAUCCACUCUACAAGAACUUGCCGGGCUUCGUCUAUUGGCGCGGUAAUUGUCGCUCCCGAUGCCACCAGGAGUAUGUGGUCAAGCUAUGCAAUUGCUCACCAUCUCUAUUCUUUCCCAUUCACAAAGAUGAUAACUUUACGGACUGCAAGGCCUCGGAAUUUAAAUGCCUCUAUGACCAUAGAAUGACUUUUAGCGUGGAACGACUUGCUCUGGAGUCGGAAUACGUGGACGAUGUCUACACGGACAGCAUGACCUGUGAUUGCCUCAACAGCUGUUCCCAGCUAGUUUACGACACCAUCCACAGCAGCUCGGCCAUGGACGACACUGAGAUCGACAAGGAAAUGGACAGUAUACACAUUGACGUCUUCUUUCAGUCUCCCUGGUUCAUCAAAUAUCAGACGCAUAUGCGUUUCACAUUUGUCGAGUUGCUAGCCAGCUUCGGAGGCAUUAUUGGACUCUUUCUAGGCGCCUCGCUUCUCAGCGCCAUCGAGGUGAUUUAUUACUUCACCAUCGGCCUAUAUCUGUAUUUAUUUGAUGGCCGCAGAAAGACCAAUCAACAGGAAGUUUUACAACCAACCGCACCACCCAUAACACUGCACUUCCGUCGCAAGAUUACACCAAACAAAAUGUUUUAUUGA